AUGGACGAACAAGAGCAAGACGUCCUCUCGAGCUUACCACUAGAGCUUCUCCUUCACAUCAUAAGCUUCCUCCCUUUCGAAUCCGCAAGACUAACCCCUUUCGUCUCCACACGGUUUAGGUCCGUUUGGAGCCAAGCCUUACUCGUCGCUCACAGCCACAACGGAUCCACCGAAGACAUCUCUCACGGCGUCUCUCGCUUCAUCAACAACUUCGACGAGCACAACCCUUCUAAAAACACUCGGAAGCUGGAGUUACACUUUGACAAGUCAAACUUCGUAUCAACGAUUCUCGCACCUCACAACGUCAUGCAUAUGAGCUUCUUCUCUGGUGUAACCAAGAAAGAAGAGAGCUUUUGCUGGCGUCUUGAGGUCAACGAUCUUAUCCCACGACUCGUCAACUCAAGCGGUUUCUUGGUGAAGACGCUUUGUUUAGAUUCGGUGGAUUCGUUAACCCACGAGAUUGUUUCUUCCAUGGUUUUGGAUUUUGCUUUCCUUGAGAAUCUCAAGAUUUGUGGUUGCAAUGGGUUGACUUCUCUUACUAUUGAUUCUCCAACUAAGCUUCUUCACUUAUCGAUCUCGGGUUGCACGCAGCUGACAUAUCUCGAGAUCAGAUCAUGUAAGCUCAAAACUCUUCAUUACCAAGGAUCUCUACCGUUGAUCAAGAUCCAUGAACAUUUCAACUUGACCAAUGCGAUUUUCGACGUAAGACAAGGCCCAAGCUAUUACAACAAUGAUUUAGACAUUGGUCCUCUCUUGCUUAUCAUCAAGAACUCUCAAUCUCUAACACUCAGCAGAUGGAUGUUCGAGGAAUUAAUCAAACCGUCCAUAUCCUCUUCUUGGACAUCAUUUCAAUUCUACAAAUUACAAGAAUUGCGGUGGAUCGAUAACGCAAUGAACCAAGAAAACAUUACGUUCUUGAUCUCUUUUCUCAAACUUUGUCCUUCAGUAGAGCGCCUCUUCAUUACUGUCGAUUCGAACACUUAUAGUUCAAAACAAGAAAUUAGUGUUGCUGAUGACCAUGCGAGCAAGCAGACAAGGUCAGUUCUAAGGAACCUAGAGUUGGUGAAACUGGAAGGAUCCAAGAACAAAGAAGAUAAUAAUCAACUGAUAUUGGUUCUACAAGAGAUGGUAGAAAUCGAUCAGCCUCUGCUUGUACUGUUUUCGCUUUGUUGA